AGAUUUUUCGCCUCUCUCUCUCUCUCUCGACUCCGGUUCUCUUUUUAUAUAACAAUUCCUCUCUCACGUUUUAGUUGCUUCCAAUCUCUGGAAUCCGAUUCCUUUCUCUCUAAGCUUUUCUAUUUAUUUUUUUUCUUCCUUUUUCUGAUUUUCUGUAAUCGCUGUAAAUCCGUGCAUUUCACGCUAUCUGACACAGAUCGGGUCGAUUCUUCCUUUUAAUCGUCGCAGAUAGGCGUUUUCCUCGCCAAGAUCGGCUAGAUUCUUAAAAAACAAAAAAACAAAAACUGCUGAUCGGUGGCGUUUUUGCUUUCGAAAGGCCCUUUUCUAGCGUUUCCCCGCCUGCAGAUCGGAUUUGCCUCGCAAAAUUUUAGAUUUCCUGACGAAUUUUUGGUUUCUCGCAAAAAUUACGGAUUUUGAAGAAUCUCGUAAGGUUACGGAGAUUCGAGGUCGGAAGAGGUUAAGUAGGAGGCGAGAUGGGAGCUUUACAUGGACCAGUUAUCUGCCCCUCUGUCCGUGUGAAACAAACUGGACUUAGUACUGUGCCGGUGAAUGGGCCUUUCAUGAAGUCUAAGGUUCUUAGAAGUGAAUUUUGGGGAUCUAAAGGGAGCUGCCGAAAUCGAACUCAGGUCAAGGCUCCAUCUCCUCAUCCAUACAUAGGAGUGCAUAGGAGAAUCCACUGCACUUUCAGUUCAUCAUCGAAUGGUAAUGGAAGCAAGGCAGAGAACUUCGGUGAGAAUGACGAAGAAUAUGUGAACUCCAGUGUAGUUGAGGCUGUUGAGGUGAAAAGUGGUGCCGACGGCUUCCUAAUUAAAAUGCGAGAUGGCAGGCAUUUAAGAUGUGUUCAUAACAACCCUCAGGGUGGACAUCUGCCAGAUUAUGCUCCACAUCCUGCUAUUGUUCUGAAGAUGGAAGAUGGAAGCGAUCUUCUUCUUCCUAUCAUUGUCUUGGAGAUGCCAAGCGUGUUGCUUAUGGCUGCUGUCCGCAAUGUUCACAUUGCUAGGCCCACUUUAUAUCAAAUAAUAAAGGAAAUGAUUGAGAAAAUGGGAUAUUCUGUGCAGUUAGUUCGAGUGACUAAAAGAGUAAAUGAGGCAUAUUUUGCUCAGUUGUACCUUGCAAAGGUUGGCGAUGAAACCGAGAGAGUAAGCUUUGAUCUCCGGCCUUCAGAUGCCAUAAAUAUUGCAGUGAGAUGCAAGGUGCCGAUUCAAGUCAACAAACAUCUUGCUUAUAGUGAUGGAAUGAGAGUUGUUGAGCCUGCAAAGGUGGCAAUCCAGGCCCCACUCUCAGAUGGCUUGUUGUUCACAGAACUGGACAGACCCGAUGGUCAGCCAUGCGUUGAAGCCAAAGAAUUUAAUCUGGUGCGUAACAUGCUGAUAGCUGCUAUUGAAGAACGCUAUGGAGAUGCAGCUCAAUGGAGAGACGAGCUCAGCCAACUCCGAUCUAAGAAAAAGAAAUGGACAUGACAGUGACCUUAUGCACAGGUGUAGAUAAAGCUAUUAUGGAAAGCGGAUGAGGAUGAGGUCAGCUUCCGCAUAGUCAUAUAUAUAUAAUCUAUAUACAUGUCUACCUAGUCUAGUUAGUAAAUUUGUGAAUAACUGUACAGAUGCAACUGUUAAUGUGACGUGUUGGAGCUUGUGCAGCUUCUUUUGGUUUUAUCAUAAUUCCAUGCGAAACCUGUUAAUCGUU